GUUAGUAUAUGGACUUUUAAGCAUAAAAUUCGAGCUCGGUCAAAAACUAUUCGGGCAGCCUGAACCCGGCCCGUCCAGCCUAAGCUGACUACUAUUUUAGUGACUGGCUUUUGCCGGCUGGCACCUUCUUCAGGAUGGAGGGAAGUGUGAUGGCGGAGGAGGGCGGCGCCGCCGCAUCAUCAUCGGGAGGAGUAGUGAAGCACAUACUGCUGGGCAAGUUCAAAGAGGGGAUCUCCCAAGAAGAGAUCGACCACCUCAUCCAAGGCUAUGCCAAUCUCGUCAAUCACAUCCAACCCAUGAAAUCUUUCACCUGCAACAAGGGCACUUAUUGUUGCAGGGGCAAAGAUGUGAGCAUAGAGAACCUAAACCAAGGGUUCACCCACGUGUUCGAAUCGACAUUUGAGAGCACCCAAGGUGUUGCAGAGUACAUUGCUCAUCCACUUCAUGUCGAAUUUGCAAACAAACUCCUCCCUCAACUCGAGAAAGUCCUCGUCGUUGAUUACAAGCCUGCUGCUGCAAAACUCGCGCUUUAACUUCACUCUUCAAAGGUGAGUGUUAAUGUUCGAUUGCUUGUGUCAUUUAUCAGCUUUGAAAUUUGUAUUGUUCUCGCAAUGAACUCAUCAAGCAUUUGUUUUGGUUCAAUGGUGCUAUAUGUUUGCACCAUUCCAAGAUCUGUACGUGCACAAUCUCUAUCUAUAUGAAUAAGUACAUCUUGAGUAACAUAGCUUUCGUUUCGUAUAUGUCUCCCGUUUCCCCCGUAAAAACUACAUUUUGUAAUGAAUGUAGAUUACAAAA